AAAUCAAACCAGCUUUCCAUCUCCACUUGCAAACAUCAAAGUUUUCAAGUGUCCUCAAUUUCUCAAAAUUUUGUAGGCUUGCCAACCCUAAAGUUUCCAUAAUAAAUUUUGACAAAGUCGAUUUGAAGUUGCAGUCGGUCGAAUCAAUUCAGUUUGUUCGUUCCUCUCUUCACUCUUCAUCAAUUUUUCAAAACAGUUGCACAAAAAAGCUAAAAACUUUCCUUCAUUGAAGCAAUGGCAGACCGAAUCGUCACGUCCCCACGUCCCCUGCGGGUGAAAAAUGAGAUGCCCUUGAAGGGGUUGAAAAUCUCGCUCAAGGUGAACCACUAUCCGGUCACCCGGACCAAGACCUUCCCCGACGUUAUCUACCAUUACGACGUGGUCAUAACCAAUGUCGACACGACCCCUCGAAACGCUGCGGCUGCCGAUGCUGCCAAAAAGCGGAAGGAGGCUCGGGCCAAGGUCGCGGAGAAAGAGGGUCGCGAAAUGACGGAACUUCCAGCCCGGAUUUUGCCCCUGAUUUGGAAAGAAUUCGAGAGGCAGAAUAAGGCCGCGUUGAAAUUUACGGUCCCCUUCGACGGGAAAAAGAAUGUUUAUACGGCAGGACGGCUCAACUUUCCAAAUGGGGAUGCGUACUCCGUCACAAUGGAGAUGGAAGACCCUGAUGAUCCCGAUAAGAGGAGGAGGUUCAAGGUCGAGAUGAAAAUGGUCGGCCAGGUCUUGACCAGCUCGUUUAUCGAGUUUCUUCGAUCCGGGAGGGAAAUGGGGGAGCCUGUCGUUCAGCCACAGGACGUCGUCCAAGGUCUCGACGUGGCUCUUCGUCACGCCCCCUCAUUGCGCUACAUUUCCUGCAAUCGAAGCUUCUUCAAUCAAAACCCCACCCACCGACAACCUUUGGACAAGAUGCUCGAGUUGCUUCACGGGCACUAUCAGUCCCUCUGUCUCGGGUCGGAGGAAACCGCCACGCUCAAUAUUGAUUUGGCUACGAAGGCAUUCUACACGGAAAAGCCGCUCCACGAGUAUGUCCGUAAUGCUUGCAAGUGGGCCCUGGAUGAUUCUUUGGACAUCGAGUACUGGGAGGAUCCGGAUAUCAACAAGGCUUCCGAAGCAGUGAAGGGAAAACUAAUAAAGUACGGGACUGGACCAAUCGACUCAACCACCGGUAAGCACGAGAAGUAUCACAAAUUCACCGCGAAUGCCAUCGUCAAACAGUCCGCGGCUGAGUACACGUUCGGCAUCACGGAUGAAAAGGGGGUGACCAAGUCGAUCAACAUCGUCCAGUAUAUGAACAAGUUUAAGAAGACCAAGAUUCGACACCCAGAUUGGCCCGUGGUUCACAUUGGGAAUCGAAACAUGACAAAUUAUGUCCCCCUCGAGCUGUGCAUCAUUAUUACGCAGCCCUAUCGAGGCAAAAUGGAACCCAAGCUGACCAGCGCGAUGAUCAAGGGGGCAGCAAUUGAGCCGAAGGAACGAUUCAAGGCGAUUGACCUGGCUAGACAAGGAAGCAGAUUUGAUAAGUGCCCAGUCCUGACUGAAUUUGGAAUCCGUAUCGAACCGAAUCCCAUCGUGAUCGAUAACGCUUCCGUAAUCGCGCCACCCGUUGUGCGCACCUUGGACUCCAAAGGCGCUCAAAUAAACGCCAAAGUCAGCCAAUUUGAGGGGAAGUGGAACUUCAAGGAUAACAAUGAAGUGUCCAAGAAAUUCCUACAAGCUGCCACCCUCCCAAAAUGGAUGAUAUUCGAUUGUGAUGGAAUUUUAAAGGAUGAAGAAAUUGCGGACAAUUUUAUCGCAAAACUGGGCGAAUUAGGGGAAAGCCUUGGUAUGAAACGGAUCAAAAUGCCGCCAAAAAUAAGGCCCGCCAUAAAAUUUGUUACGGACGAACAUUUUCACCCUGAGAAUAGAGAAGGAUGGAACGACAAGUUGCUUCGGAUAAGCACGGCCUUCGAGAAAAUCAAGGGCAAAGGUUUCGAAUUGGUGAUUGUCGUCUUACCACAAGAUGGGAAGGACUACGCCUUCAUUAAAUCGGAAGCGGAAGUUGUGUACGGCGUUUUGACGGCUUGCAUCAGGCAACAGAACGUGAGGGACCCGAACAACCAAAAGAUUGGGAAUUUUCUUCUCAAGUUGAAUUCCAAACUUUCCGGGACGAAUUUUUCAAUCCAAGAAUUGAACGAGCUCCAUUUCAGAAAUGAGAAGACUAUGAUCCUCGGAGCGGAUGUAACUCAUCCUAGUCCAAAUUCUAUGGCCCCCAGCAUUGCCGCUGUUACGGCAUCAUUCAACAUGUCCUGCAUGGGCUACUCGAUGCACAUCCAGCCGCAAGAGAGUCGCCAAGAACUCAUCGAGAACAUGGACGAAAUUCUGGGCGGACAGUUGGGCAAAUUUUUCGCAACCAACAAAGUGUACCCCACCAAAAUCUUGAUGUUCCGAGACGGCGUGUCGGAAGGAUUCUUUAAUAAGGUUAAGGAAGAGGAAUAUGAGCAAAUGAAAGACAAGUGUGCCUCGAUUACGGAGAAGUUAGGAAUUCCAAAGAUCAAAAUCACCUUCGUGAUUGUAAAGAAGCGGCACCACACGCGUUUUCAGCCAAUGAAUGAGAAACGAGGGGUCGGAAAAUAUAAGAACAUUCCACCGGGAACGGUCGUCGACACCAAGAUUGUCCAUCCAUCCGAGAGGGAAUUUUUCCUCAACAGCCACGUCGGCAUUCAGGGAACCUCAAAACCCACCCGGUAUCACGUCAUUCAUGACGACAACAACUUUACGAUGGGCGAUUUGCAGAAGAUUACGUACUACUUGUGCUACGUAUUCGUUCGAUGCACGCAGCCCGUGUCCUACCCAGCGGCCACGUACUACGCCCAUCUGGCUGCUUAUCGGGCCCGCCAUCUCAUCGAGAAGGAAGGGGAAAAUGCGGACCUGAACGACCUCGCCAGGAAGUUGACCAUCCAUCCCGACCUGGCCAAACGAUAUCCCAUGUUCUUCAUCUAAACCUAUCUCCUCACCCCAUCAAUUUCAUCAUUAUAAUAACAAUAUUAUGAUUACAUCAUAUCUAAACUUAUUGGGUUAACUUUUACAUAUUUGUUACAAAGACUUGUUAAGUUUGCAUAAUAAAAUAUGUGGGUUUGGUUUCUAAUCAA